GCUUCAUUCCUCGGCCCGCCCCUGGAGGCGGGUCCAAAUUGACUAACUCUGGGUCUAGGCAGCCCGGCGGCGUCCUCCUAGGUACGGCGUUUUCUUAGCUAAUGUCACUCGGACUCCGGGCUCGUCGGACCAAGUAUAUGCUUGGAGGGGAAUUGACUUGUCUGGAGGGAAACAGGAAUAUACAAUAAUUGAAUGAUAAAAUUGUUUUUAAAGAAAUGCAAGUUAAAAUUUACUUUGGAAGAAGGCUUGUAAAAAAAGGAAUUGUUUGGACCUUGAAGAAUUCUAAAUGCUUUGUUGGGAUUCUCAUCAGAAUAAGGAAGAGGCAGGUCCUGGGAAUACACUGGUGAGCAAGACAAAGUCCAAGCCCUGAUGGAGCAGACAUUCUAGUAUAGGAAACGUCAGCUGCUCCUGUGCUGGGAAGGAGCUUCUCAAGUUCAGCCACAGUUGGAUUUUGUCAGAGUUCACGGUUUACGUAGGAUAAAGAUCUAGUUGCAGUUACUGAUGUUCAGAACAACUGAUGUUUAAUAUAUUGCUACUACAUCAAAUCAACAAUGAAUUGGAAUGCAAAACCGGAGAGUGCUACGAUGCCAUCUUCAUAUCCUAAAAGCCAGUCAUCUUUUUUGCAGCAGGCUUUAAUAAACCCACUUGCCUCAGCAUCUCAAAAUUAUUUCAACUAUCCUGGAAGUAACCAAGAAGCAUGCAUGUAUUCCAGUAAUUCAGUUCCGAUUUCACAGCCGCUGCUCAACAUCAAAAAUUAUACAGCUCCUCAACAAAUCUCUGUUUCUGAUAUGCUUAAUGGGACAAGUAUGGCCUCACAAACUUCUGUAGAAAGAAAAACAUACACAAAUGCUCAAGGACCCAAACAACUAAAUCACAAUUUGCAAAUGACUUCAGGAGUUACACAAAAUGCACGGUUGAACUCACAAGUGAGGAAUCCUAUGCUUUCUCAUACAGGAGCAUCUGUUGUAUCUAAUCAAACUGGGGUAACUGUUGUAUCUAAUCAGACUGGUUUUGGAGCUAAUAGGUCCAACAUUAAUACACUACAGAAUCAAUUUGUACCAUCAGAUACCUAUUCUCUGCAGCUACAGACAAUCCCUUCUAAUUCUGUAAGAGUUCCUGUAACUUACCAAGGAAAUCAAGGACUUAACCCAUCUUUACCAGAGCAACAAGUUGACUGGGGACACCACCAUACAGCUAAUGGAUUGGCAUUUCCAGACAACAGAUCACUUCCAAAGCAAUACUGUUACUCACAGCAAAGCUUUUUGCAAGAUACUACACUUCAGAAACGAAACCCCAUGCUAUCUGCGUUGUUAGAAGUUAAAAAUAGUCAGUUUACAAAUCCUGCACUGUGUUUGCAGUCACAGCAGAAUGUACCUGUACAGUCACAGCAAUAUGCAGUUACUCAAAUUGAUAAUAGACCCCCUCCUCCUAGUUAUGACUGUAUAUAUGCAAGGCACCCUUUGCAGAAUACUCAGCAAGUUAGUAAACACUUACCUAUGGAAGUUCCUCAAAAUCAAGAAACACACUUAUCUGAAAUACUGAAAGACCUUUUUAGUGGCUUUCAGCAACAGUGGCAAAACCCUGAUAAAGAAGUCAGGACGAUUGGAAAUUUUAGUAGUUUGAAAGUAAAUGGCAAUGUAAAUCAGCCUGCUAAUAAGCCAGUUAGAUCUCUUGUGGAUGGUGUUCAGACUUUUGCUCAAAAUAAUCAAGAUAAAAGAAUGGAUUCUGGCACUUCAACCUCAAAUCCAGUACUGGACACAAAUGUCACAAAAGAAGGAUUAGUGCGUGAUUUUAAAAAAUUGGUAAACACAAGAAAGAAACUGUUGGAGCUUGCAAGAAAAAUCAAAAUAAAUCAAAAUCUUUUGAUGGCAGCAGGUUGUAGUAAAGCAACUAAUACCUCUCAUGGUGAAUCAGCUCAGAAUUCUGAAUUAUCUCUGAAACAGACUUCCAGAAUUCAGUCAGGGCUGCAGGUAACCCCAGUAACUCCAGGGAUUUCAGGAUGUCAGCCAUCAACUGUAAUGAAAUCUGCAGAAGAAACAAAUAGAACGCGGUGUACGUUGAAUUCCAGUAUUCAGGAAAUGAAUUGCAAAAAGUUUAACCAAGACAAUUCUAUUUUACUAAAUUCUGGCUGUUCGGAAAAGUUGCCAAUGCCAGACCAGUCUCAUAAUUUGCAAGCUUUAACUUCUUUAAAGACAUCAGCUGUUGAGAUUACCCAGACAACGUUAAAUAAUACCCAGUUUUCAUCAGAAAAUGUCAGAGGUGACCAAAAUCUGCCAACAAAUCCUGAAACAGUUCCUGCCCCUCAGUCAGUGCUUUUUCAGGAAUAUGUUUCAAAAUAUCCAAAUAAAAAUACCCUACUCCGAUUCCUUAUGCCUGAAGAUAAAACUGAGAAUAAAUCAAUACAAAAUGGUAAUGAAACUAUUCAAGACCCUAAACCAAAGAGUUUUGAAAUUAAUCAGAAUACCCACAUCACUGGUAACCUACCAAAUUUGAAAACCAUGGAAACUCAGUGUACUUCUAAUGAAAAUACCAAGGUUUCAGACAAGUCUUUUUUUCUUGAUCUUAAAUCCUCGACAAAUGGAAUAUCUUCUAAAAGUGACAGUCACUGUUCCAUGGAAUUGCUAGCAACAUGUCUUUCUCUGUGGAAAAAGCAGCCUUCAGAGCCUGCAGAAGAAAAACAGGAUAACGAGUCCAGAACAAACAGAAUAACAAUUUGCAUUUCAAAACCUGCAGAAGUCUGUGAGAAGAGUCCUUGCACAGUUGUAGGAGGUUCUCACAAUAAAACGUUAAAUAAUGUAGAACAAGAAACAACUUUGCCAAUGGGAGUGCAGAAUUAUGAGUCUUCAGGUGCAAGUAUAACAAAGGGAUCAGAACUUCAGAUUGCUGUGGUGUCACCUUUAAUUCUUUCAAAUAUCAAAACAAUAUCUUUCAAGGGACUAACACGUGAAGCGUUACUUAAAACAAUGUAUCCAGUUAUUAAAGAAGGUAGUGUUUGUAGCUUACAAGAUCAGCUGACAGAAAAUACAAGCAUAACUCCUUUGAAACCAAAUGUUAAUGAACUGGUAGCAAGUACUACAUCAUCAACUAAGGUUUCUCCACUAAUUCAGAAGGCAAAGCAGGACAAGUCAACUAAUUGUAAUUCAGAAGGUGUACCUAAUACCAAUCAGGGAAAGCAUAUCGAAUCAAAAUUGGAUGUCCACACUUUGGCAAAUGUAGAUAUCUCAAUCUAUCCAGAUGUGAGCGGCAGUCACCAAGUCUUGGAUGAAUCAAGGGGCAGCACUGUUGUGAGUGGUGAUACAUUACAGAUUGUCAACAUUUGUUCUCUUGUUGAAGGUGAUGUAUCUUAUAAUUCCCAAAUAGCAAAGAUAUUCAACUCUCCCUCUUUGGAUAAGGUUGAGCCACAGAAACCUUGUUUGCCUGAUCAUCAAGUGAUUAGUUGUAGGCAACAGAAAGAACAAUUAGAUAAAACUACAGAAAAUGAAAACUUUAAUUUUCAAAAAGAGAAGAUUGUACAGGUCACAGAUGUUUCCCCUAUGAUAACUGAUCAGCCAGAGUCAUUGCUACCUUCAGAACCAUCAUUGAAGUAUGUUAAAGCAAAUGGAGAAGCCAUAGAGGAAAACAAAUUGGAAUGUAUCACUAACAAAGAAAUCAUGACUAGCGAUGUGUAUUCUUCAGCUGUUAUUCAACAGGGUAGUCCAGAAAUUGAUACACCCUGCAAUUAUAUUGCUCAAGAUCCUACAAGCAAUGAGAUUCUCAAUGAUGAUACAUCCGUCUUAUACCUACACGAUCAGCUGUCAGAACUUUUAAAAGAGUUUCCAUAUGGGAUUGAAGCUGUAAACUCACGUGAAGGUUCUGUGGGCCAACAAAUAACAGAGCAAGUAACAAAAGAUCAAAGUUGUGACAAAACUGUUUCUGAUUCCCAAGACUCAACAUCAACAGACCAGAUAAAAAUUACAAUAAUGAGCUCAGAGCAGAUGAAAGAAUUAUUUCCUGAACAGGUUGAUCAACUCAGUGAUGAUGACAAAUUCAGAGAACCUCAGAAGGAAAAGCCUAUCAUGAAAGUAGAGAGCCAGUAUGAUCCAAAAGCACAUCCAGAAGGAGAAAGUCAUGACUCUGUAGUAUCGAACUUACAGAAAGACGAUAUCCAUUGCUGCGCAUUGGGUUGGCUCUCUAUGAUUUAUGAUGGAGUACCGCAAUGUCAGUGUAAUUCCAUUAAGAACUUGGCUACAAAGGAAGAAAAAACAAAAGAUCAGUGUUCCCCUUUGGAGACCAACAAGUGUAGACAAGAAGAGAGAACCUCUGAUAGAGACAUCCCUGAUGCUGAAUGUAAUAGUGCUCCAAGUAAGGAUCUGAAGGCUCCUCUGACUCUUCCAGAUGGGAAGAAUUGUUUUCCUGAAAUAAAACAAGAGAAUGUAAGAGAUAACACCAAAACAAAACAUAAUAACUCACUAAAGACAGGAAAAGAAUUGCCUAGUCAGUUUUCAUCUGUGUGUGAUAAAAAACUAGAUCCCUUGCAAAGUCACAAAAGAAAAAGAAAACUUCAGUUCCAUGAGGUAACUUUUCACUCCAGUAACAAAUUGAUGAAAUUUUGUGAGCAAGAUACUCGAGAAAGCCUGCAGAAGAAACACAUAGCACAAAACUCACGCCCACUAAAAGCAAAGACAGUUAUUUUGACAAAUAAAAAUAGAGAUCUGUACAAGAAGAAUGGUUCUUUGAUACAGACAAUAUCACCAGAAAAGAUAAAAUUGAAAUUCAGAGCGGGUGGCUCCAGAUACAAACUUUUGGAAAACAGGAAGAUAGACCAAGGAAACAUAUUUGAUAUAGAGAGAAAGAAGAAGAAACAUGAUAAACGAGAGCAGAGUAAAAAUGCAGGAAGUUCGUUCAAAUUAUGUAAUUCUUUGUCAAACUCAAAUGAAAGAACCAGUAUUAAAGAAAAGACAGUAUCAAUAGAGGUAAAAUCUACGAACCUGGAAAUCAAUAUCCACAGAAGUUUAAUGAAAUCUUCAAAUUCAAAUAUUAAGUCCUCAGACUCAAAGGAUAUGUCAUGUAAAAUUUUAACACCAAAGGAAUAUUUACAAAGGCAAAAGCAUAAAGAAGCAAUGGGUAACAAGGUGUCAAAGAAAAACUGUGUAAUUGAGAAAAUUAAAAAUGUGCCAUGUACUUCUGAAUACAUAACUCUUACUAGACAUUCCACAGGAAUAGAAAGUUGUAGGAAAUCAAAUGAGAAACAUGGUAGCAUUGCACAGACUUCAAAAGAAUCAUUAAAUUUUUUAACAAGCCAUGGUAAAACCGUCAAAAUCCACCAUUCUGAGGAGUCUAAAAUACACACAAGUUCAAAGAAUAUGAAAGGAACAGUUGGUGGAAAGCAACCUGAUAAAAUUUGGAUGGAUAAAACCAAAACAGACAAGCACUUAGCCGAUAUAAAUAAUGAAGGUGAAUUCAGUCAAAUGACUCAACAAGCAAUGGAUCAAAGGAAACAAUACCUGAACAGAGUCGCAUUUAAAUGCACUGAACGGGAAAGCAUUUGUCUCUCAAAAUUAGACAAUUCCCUCAGGAAGCCUAAAAAUGGCACCGAGAGGAGCCAGGAAAAUAAACCUAAAAGCUUUAUACCCGUGAAAGAUGCCACAGAGAAGCCGACAAUGCUGGAGUUUAAGUUGUGCCCAGAUGCACUGCUUGAGAAUAGAAACUUUGGCGAAGAAGGGAAGAAGCUGAAGCCUCCUCCUAGGAAAGAACAAGCACCUGUACAAGUUUCAGGAAUAAAAAGUACAAAAGAAGCUUGGCUAAAAUGUGUUAACACGGAGAAAAGGAUGCGGGAAGCCAGCCAAAAAAUAGAUAAAAAUGUUUUGCCUAAAUCAAAACUACCGAAGAGAAGUGUCAGCGCAGAUGGACUUGAGACACUACAAAACACAGUAAAAGAUUCAAAAGCAAUGUUUCAAACCUACAAAAAGAUGUACAUGGAGAAAAGGAGCAGAAGCCUUGGUAACAGCCCAUAAAGUAAUUAUGAGAUGUGAUUAUGUAAUUGCCACAAAGAAUGUUUCUUUGUCAGAGAGUAUGGGUAUCACUAUAUGCAUCACUGAAAUUUCUUAAUUAAAAUGGCUUCCGAACCUUGUUUGUGGGUGAGCAGGCAUUAUCACGUAGACGGCAUUUGCCAGGGAGACCAUAAGGUAUUUGAAUGUCUACGUUGUUGAACCAAGUUUACCAUUGUUUUAAAAGGAGUUCUUACAGAGUCUUACUUUGAAAUGCCAACUAUCCAUCCUGAGGAAGGACAGUUCCUCAGUAAGGACUUGUUUAUUUUAACGGGCACUGUAAAUAUAUUUUGUUAAAGCUGCAUUAGCAAAACUUAUUUUUUAAAAAUACUCACUGACUGUCAAAAUAUAUUCUCAAGUAUUUUGUACCUAAUCGUAAACUUUUUUUCAGAAGUCUUGUUUUUUACUUGUUAAGCUGAACCCAAGCUUUGGAUAAUGUUUAAUCGCUAGAUUUCGUACUUAAAUAAAAUAAACAUUUAUUUUUUAAAAAAAAUACUGCAUGUGAAGCCUUAAUGAUUUGGUCUGGUUUUUUUUUUACUCCCUACUCAAAAAGGGAUACAUUUUGGAAAAGUGUUUCGUGAAGCUGAAAUACUGAGUAAGCUGUCACAAGUAGGUAUAUUCAAAUUGCACUCAGAAAAGAGGACAAAAAUUACUAAGUUCUAGAAAGAGAAUGAAAACACUGGGGACGAGAUAUAAGCAUUUACAUGUUUCUGGAUUGUACUUUCAGACUAAUAGUAAAUGUUGGUCAAUUUUAUAAAAUCUUAAUGGCAAUAAAAAAAAAUUAAAUCUCAUUUAUUUUUAAAUUGUGAAAAUACACACACCAAAACAUUUAGCCACACAACUUCCAAAUUACAAUCGGUGACAUUGUUUACAUUUUUAAUGUGCCACCACAUUAUCACUAACCUUGUCCAAAACAGGAGCCCUGGUGGUGCAGUGGUUACAGCAUUCGUCUGCUAACCAAGGUGUGGCAGUCUGCUUCUAUAAAGAUUUACAGCCUUGGAAACCCUAUGGGGCAGUUCUACUCUGUCCUAUAGGGUUGCUAUGAGUUGGAAUUGACUUGACAGCAUUGGGUUGUUUUUUUUCCCCAACAAAUAUUCUGCCAUAUUAACAUAAACCUUGAACCAAAACUUUCCCUCUCCCCCUGGCAACCAUAUGUAAUCUUUGGUUUCUGUCUAUUUGCCUGUUUUAUGUGAGAUCAUACAGUAUUUGCCAUUUUGCGACUUCUCCUUAUAGCAGAUUAAUACUCCAUUGUAUAUAUGUACACCACGUUUUGUUAUCCGUUCCUCUGCUGGUGGGCAUUAUGAUUGUUUCUACCUGUUGGGUAUUGUGAAAGUGCUGCAGUGAACAUUGGUAUACAGGUUUCUGUGUUCUGCCUUCACUUCUGAGUAUAUGCCUAGCAUUGGGAUUGCUGGGUUAUAAGGGUAGUUCUAUGUUUGACUUUUUGAGUGUCAAAGAGAACAACUUGAAUUUCUGGAAACUUAAAAGUGUUUUAUUGAGGGAAUUAGGCAGUUCAGAACUGGGAAGCAAAAGGAAAGUAAUAACCUUCAUUGUGCUCCGAAAGGCACACAGGAAGGGAAGCCUUUAUGGGACAGAACCGCAAGGGUUGUCUGAUGGAGAGUACAAACAUAUCUUUUGAAACAUUAAAGCGUUUUCUGAGAAGGUCCUGAGUAAACAUUUUUCUGAGAACUGGCUGACCACAGGUUUCAGCAAGCAUAACCACAUUCUUAUCUGUAAGAUUUACAGGGUACAGUGGAAGGUUGCAGAGAAUUAUAAGGCUGCAUUUUUAAAGCAGAAGCAAAAUUUAACAAUCGGUGUGGAGUCUGGCCUACAUCUUAGCCUGAAGUCCAACCGAUGCCAGAUGCCUCAGCUGGAAAAUUCUUCACGUGAAGAACCGCCAAACUUUUACACAGUGGCUGCACCAUUUUAUAUUCCCGCCAGCAACGGAUGAGGGUUUCAGUCUCUCCACAACUUUGCCAACACCUGUUGUUUUUCCUUUUUUUUUUAAUUGUUGCCAGUGUACUGGGGUGAGGUGAUCUCUCAUUGUGGUUUUGAUUUACAUUUCCCUGAUGACUAAUCAUGUUGGCCAUUGGAUAAAUCUCAUUUUGAAACUGCAUUUCUAAGGGUAGUAAGACUUCAGAAAAUAACUUUUUGUUAUCUAGUGCUGCUAUAACAGGAAUACCACAAGUGGAUGGCUUUAACAAACAUUUUAUUGUCUACAGUCUUGGAGGCUAGAAUUCUGAAUUGCCAGCUCCUGGGGAAAGCUUUCUCUGUCAGUUCUGGGAGAAGGUCCUUGUCAUCAGUUGUCCCCUGGUCUGGAAGCUAUUCAACACAGGGACCCUGAGUCCAAAGGACAUGCCCCACUCCUGGCACUUAUUUCUUGGUGGUAUGAGGUCCUUCUCCUCUCUGCUUGCUUUUCUCUUAUAUCUGAAAAGAGAUUGACUCAAGAUACAACCUAAUAUAGUAGAUAGAGUCCUGCCUUAUUAACAUAUAAGUUAAGGAUUUACAAUACAUAAGGCAAUCUCAUCAGAUGACAGAAUAGUGCACAACCACUCAAUACUGGGAAUUAGGACCUAGCCAAAUUGACACACAUUUUUGGGGAGAGGGGGCACAAUUUAACCCAUAACAAUAACAUUUUAUGCUAUCACAAAAAAUUUUUUAGUAACACUUCAAGACAAUUUUUUAGAGCAGUUUUAAGUUUACAGAAAAUACAGAGUUCCCACUUAGGCCCUUCCCCCCAGAACACUGUUUCUUUUAAAACACUUUGCAUUCCUGUGGUGCAUUGUUAAAAUUGAUGAACCCAUAUUGAGGCCUUACUGUCAGAGCUUCUAAUCGGGCUCUAAUCCCUGUUGAGAAUUUGCAAUUCUACACCUGAUACAUUUUAAUAAGAUCCCCAGAUGAUUCAUAUAUAUAAUAAAUUUUGAGAACCACUGCUCUGCUAGCUGCUUUAACCAGCAGCGUUAGCAUCGCCUGAGAACAUGUUAGAAGUGCAAAUUCUCAGCAGGGGUUCUAACAAGAACAAACUCUUUUGAAGCUCUGCUUACUAUUAACUAAAGUCCAUAGUUCAUGUUAGGGUUCACUCUGUGUUGUAAAAUCCUGUGGAUUUUGACAAAUGCUUGAUGUCAUAUGUCCACCAUUAUGGCAUCAUACAGAAAAUUUUACUGCCCUAAAAAUACCCUGUGUAACACCGAUUCAGUCCUUGUCCCCACUCGCCCACCUCCAUCCUGAACUCAUGGAAACCACUGAUUUUUUUUCAUUGUUUGUAGUUUUGCCUUUUCCAGAAUGUCAUAUAGUUGGAAUAGUACAGUACGUACCUUUUCGGAUUGCCUGCUUUCACUUGGCAAUAUGCAGUUAAAGUUCUUCAUGUCGUUUUGUGACCUGAUAGCUCCUUUUUAUCACUGAAUGAUACUCCAGUGUAUGGAUGUACCACAAUUUGUUUAUCCAUUUACUUACUGAGUACCUCAUGGUUGCUUCAAAUUUUUGGCAAUUACAAAUAAAGCUGCUGUAUAUGCUUCCAUGUGCAGUUUUUUAUAUGGACAUUUAAUUUCAUCUCACCUGGGUAAACACCUAGGAGUGUGAUUGCAUGGAAUAGUUUGCCUGUGUUUAGCUUUGCAAGAAAAUGCCAGAUGGUUUUCCAAAAUGGCUUUACCACUGUACAUUUCCACCAGUAAAGGAGGAGAGUCUUUGUUACUCCACAACCUCACCCAGGAUUUGCCAUCAGUAUUGUAGAUUUUAGCCAUUCUAAUAGGUAUGUAGGUCAUCAUUUUGUUGUUGUUAGGUGCCGUUCAGUUGGUUCUGACUGAUAGCAACCCUAUGUACAACAGAACAAAACACUGCCCAGUUCUGUGCCAUCCUCAUAAUCAUCCUUAUUCUUGAGCCUGUAGUUGAAGCUGUGUCAGUCCAUCUCCUUGAGAAUCUUCCUCUUUUUCGCUGACCCUCUACAGAGCAUGAUGUCUUUCUCCAGGUGCUGGUCCCUCAUGAUAACAUGUCCAAAGUAUAUGAGAAGUUUUGCUAUCCCUGCUUCUAAGGAGCAUUUUGGCUGUACUUCUAAGACAGAUUUGUUCCUUCUGGCAAUCUAUGAUAUAUUCAGUAUUCUUAGCCAACACCAUAAUUCAAAUAUGUAAAUUCUUCUUGCCAGGGGCAAAGACGAUAAGGCAGCAGGUGACAGGAAAGCCAGUAAUGGGAAACCCGAGGUAGAGAAGGGAAGAGUGUUAACAUGUCGUGGGGUUGGCAACCGAUGUCACAAAACAACGUGUGUAUUGUUUAAUGACAAACUGAUUUGCUCUGUACACUUAUAAUACUUUAUGUUGUCUUCCCGAGCACCCUUUGAAAUCUUCAGCUCUUUAUUUCAUCAUUUCUUUCGCUUUAGCUACACUACAUUCAAGAGGAAGUUUCAGAGUCUUCUGACAUGCAUUUUGGUCUUUCUUUCUUGUCUUUAUAAUUACCUCUUGCUUUUUUCAUGUAUCAUAGCAACUUGCAAGCCACCACAGUACGAUACACUGACAGACAUAUGUCUAUAUGAUCCUGGAAGCUUUGCCAUUGGUGUUCCAAAUACAAUCAGGGUCAACCUUGGUGAACAGGUUUCAGCUCAAUUUCCAAAGUAAGUCUAGGAAGAAGGAUCUGGUAGUCUAAUUCUGAAAAAACUGGCCAGUGAAAACCUUAUAAACAGCAGGAGAACAUUGUUAUAGUGCCAGAAGAUGAGCCCCACAUGUCGGAAGAGCUUCCACCUCAAAGUAGAGUUGGCCUUAAUGACAUGAUUGGAGUCAAGCUUUCAGGAUCUUCAGUUGCUGAGGUGGCAUGACUCAACAUGAGAAGAAACAGCUGCAAACAUCCAUAAAUAAUUGAAAGGUUUAAUGUACGAAGUAUGAAUCUAGGAAAAUUGUAAGUCAUCAAAAAUGAAAUGGACCUUAUAAAUAUUGGUAUCCUAGGCAUUAGUGAGUUGAAAUGGACUGGUAUUGCCCAUUUUGAAUUGGACAUUCAUAUGGUCUACUAUACAUGAGAAUGAAACUGAAGAGGAAUGGUGUUGCAUUCAUCGUGAAAAAGAAUAUUUCAAGAUUUAUCCUGAAGUACACUGCUGUCAGUGAUAGGAUAAUAUCCUAUGUCUAAAAGGCAAGGGAGACCACUUAAUCCAACUGUUACUCAAAUUUACACACCAGCCACUAAGGCCAAAGAUGAAGAAAUUGAAGAUUUUUACCAACUUCUGCAGUCUGAUAUUGAUUGAAUAUGCAAUUAGGAUACCUUGAUAAUUACUGGUGGUCGGAAUGCGAAAUUUGGAAACAAGGAUUGGUAAUUGGAAAAAAUGGACUUGGUGAUAGAAACAUCACCAGAGAUAACAUGAUGGAAUUUUGCAACACCAACGACUACUUCAUUGCAAACACAUUUUUCACAAACAUAAACGGCAACUGUAUACGUGGACCAUGCCAGAUGGAAUACACAGAAAUCAAAUCAACUACAUCUGUGGAUAGAGACAAUGGACAAGCUCAAUAUCCUCAGUCAAAAAAAAGCCAGGGGUCAAAUGUGAAACAGACCAUCAACUGCUCAUAUGCAAGUUCAAGUUGAAGAAAAUUAGAACAAGUCCACAUGAGCCGAAGUACGACCUUGAGUAUAUCCCACCUGAAUUUAGGGGCCAUCUCAAGAAUAGAUUUGAUGCAUUGAACACUAAUGACCAAAGACCCAGACAAGUUGUGGGGUGACAUCAAAGACAUUGUACACGAAGAAAACAAGAGGUCAUUAAAAAAAAAAGGAAAGAAAGAAAAUACCAAAGUGGAUGUCAGAAGACUCUGAAACUUGCUCUUGAAUGUAGAGUUGCUAAAGUGAAAGGAAGAACUGAUGAAGUAGAGACGCUGAACAAAAGAUUUCAAAGGAUGGCUUGAGAAGACAAUAUUUUAUAAUGAUGAGUAGAAAUAGGAAAGACCUGGAGAUAGAAAACCAGAAGGGAAAAACACUUGGCAUUUCUCAAGUUGAAAGAACUGAAGAAAAAAAAUUCAAGCUUUGAGUUCCAAUAUUUAAGGAUUCAACAAGGAAAAUAUUAAACAAUGCAAGAGGCAUCAAAACCAGAUGAAGGGAAUGCACAGUCACUGUAUCAAAAAGAAUUGGUUGACAUUGAACCAUUUCAGGAGGUAACAUAUGAUCAAGAACCGAUGAUACUAAAGGAAGAGGUCCAAGCUGUACUGAAAGCCUUGCAAAAAACAAGGCUUCAAGAAUUGAUGAACUACAAUUGAGAUGUCUCAACCAACAGAUGCAGUGCUGGAAGAGCUCACUUGUCUAUGCCAAGAAAUUUGGAAGACAGCCAUCUGGCCAACCAGCUGGAAGAGAUCCAUAUAUUUGUGCCCGUUCCAAAUAAAGGUGAUCCAACAAAAUGCGGAAAUUAUCAAAUAAUGCCAUUAACAUCACACACAAGUUAAAUUUUGCUGAAGAUUAUUCAAAAGUGGUUGCAGCAGUACACAGACAGGGAACUGUUAAAAAUUCAAGUGGGAUUCAGAAGAGGAAUAAGAGAUACCAUUGCUGAUGUCGGAUGGAUCCUGGCUGAAAGCAGAGAAUAUCAGACAUGUUUAAUUGUGUUUUAUUAACUAUGCAAAAGCAUUCAACCGUGUGAAUCAUAACAAAUUUUGGAUAACAUUGCAAAGAAUGGGAAUUCCAGAAUGCUUAAUUGUGCUCAUCAGCAACCUGCACUUAGAUCAAGAGGCAGUCAUUCAGACAGAACAAGAGGAUACUGCAUGGUUUAAAGGCAAGAAAGGUGUGCAUCAGGAUUGUAUCCUUUCACAAAAUUAUUCAGUCUGUGCUGAGUAAAUAAUCUGAGAAGGUGGACUAUAUGAAGAAGAACGGGGCAUCAGGAUUGGAAGAAGACUAAUUAACAGCGUGCAAUAUGCAGAUGACACAACCUUAACCUUGCUUAAAGUGAAGACGACUUGAAGCACUUUCUGAUGAAGAUCGAAGACCACAGCCUUCAGUUUGGAUUAUACCCCAACAUCAAAAAAAAAAAAAAAAAUCCUCACAACUGGACCAAUAAUCAACAUCAUUAUGAUAAAGAAAAGAUUGAAGUUGUCAAGGAUUUCAUUUCACCUGAAUCCACAGUCAAAGCCCAUGGAAGCAGCAUUCAAGAAAUCAAACAAUGCAUUGCUUUUGGCUAAUCUGCUGCAAAAAAAAAUCUCUUUUAAAGUGUUAAAAAUCGAAGGUGUCAGUUUAAGGGCUAAGGUGUGCCUGACCCAGACCAUGGUGUUUUCAUAUGCAUCCAAAAGCUGGACAAUGAAUAAGGGAGACCGAAGAAGAAUUGAUGCCUUUGAGUUCUGGUGUUGGCUAAGAAUAAAGACUAUAUCACAGACUGCCAGAAGAAUGAACAAAUCUCUUUUGGAAGAAGUACAAGCAGAAUGCUCCUUAGAAGCAAGGAUGGUGAGACAUUGUCUCACGAACUUUGGACAUGUUAUCAGGGGGAACCAGCCCCUGGAAAAGGACACCGUGCUCAGUAGAGGGCCAGCAAAAAAGAGAUCUUCAACAAGAUGGAUUGACACAGUGGCUGCAACUAUGGGCUCAAGAAUAACAAUGAUUACUAGGAUGGCAGAACACCAGGCAAUGUUUUAUGCCAUUGUAUAUAGGGUCACUGUGAGUCCAAAUCAACUGGACGGCACCUAACAACAACUGUGUCGUAGAGGUUGGCAAGUCCCAAGUCUGUGGGUCGGGUGUAAGACUGAAGCCUUCUCCUGAUUCAAGUAGCUGCAGUGGCUGAUGAACUCAAGAUCAAGCAGGCUGCUGACUCACGGGCUGAGGAGGUUGACAAAUACAAGAUUGGUAGGUAAAACAGCAGGCUGCUGGCUUAAGUCCCAAGAACCAGAGGUCAGACGAUGAUGAGCCAAGUGCAGGAUCCAGAGCAGAGCAAAAGGCAGUGACUUCUUCCGGAAAGUCCAUAUACAGUGGGUGUAGGCCACAUCCCAAGGAAACUCUUUUGACUGAUUGGUUGUUCAUAGCAGAUCUCAUCAUGGACAUGAUUACAUUAUAAUAGAUGCCAUCAUGGAGGCGAUUACAUCAUUACAUGAUGACCAAAAUACAUUGUAACUGCCUAACCGCUGAAAAUCAUGGCCCACCCAAGCUGACAGUCAUCACAGAAACCACCCAGCAGCAUCAUGGAAGAAAGGCCUGGUGAUCUGCUUCCAUAAAUAUUACAGCCCAGAAAACCCAAUCAAGUGGUUACUCUGCAAAACGUGGGGUCACUAUCAGUCUGAAGUUACUCAACAGUACUGGGUUUGGUUUGGUUUAUGCUUUUAUGGAAUACAAUGCCAAAUACAGGAGUGAUUAAAUGAGCAAUACAUACUGAAAGACCUCCCCAACACUCUUCAUAGAUGCAGCAACUAAAAUAUUAUUAACAAAGCCUUCAUCUCAAAGGCUGGAGAUUGAAAGAGUUUGGGGAAUCUGACUAGCCUUUAAGAGACUGUUGUGGGGUCCUGUUUUAUGCUGGGUCCUGCAGAGGAGCAAAACCUGUGAAGCUAUAUAGACAGAUGUUUUCUUCAAGGGAAUGGCUCAUUCAGUUGUGAGCAAAUGGCUCACAAAAUUGUGGGGCCUGGCAAGUCUCAAAUCAUGGAUCAGAUGACAGGCUAUUGACUUCUUCUGGCUCAUCUGGUUGCAGGAGCAGAUGAACCCAAAACCUGCAGGUCAGGCGACAGGCUGGAGGCCUCUGCUGGCUCAUGUCCCAAGAAUCAGAGGCCAGACACCGAGAAGAUUGCUGGUUCCAGAGAAAGCGAGCUUUGCCAGACCGUCCAUGUAUAUAAUCGAUACAAGUCACAUCCUGAAGGAAACUCCUCUUCCAACUAAUUGGCUGCUCACAUCAGAUCACAAAUGGGAGGUGAUUAUGUUGUCUGCCAAACUACUUAGAAUUGGCCCAGGUGAAACAUGACAUUAACCAUCACAGGUCCUCAACAAAAGAUCACCUAUCAGUGAAGCUUAAGAAUGGACAAGUCCUAUUCAAAGGUUCAGAGAUUCCAAUAAAUUCCAGUAGAUUUUUUUCAAAAUUUAUUGUGAAAUAUGUAUAACAAAAAAUGUGACAAAACUAUUUUGUGUGUACAGCUCAGUGAUGUAAUGUUUACCAUGUUGUGCAAACGUAACCACUAUUUCCAAAAGUUUUUCAUCACUCCAAAAAGGAGCUCAGUAUUUCUUGAUAACUCCCCAUUUUCCCCUUCCACCAAACCCAGGUAACCACUACUAACUUUUUGUCUAUACAUUUGCCUCUUCUAAAUAUUUCAUCCCCCACAUGUCUUUCAGUUUGUCAUGCUCUGGGAGCUUUCAUGUUGCUGUGAUGCUGGAAGCUCAAUAUUCAAAUACCAGCACGGUCACCCAUGGAGGACAGGUUUCAGCUGGGCUUCCAGGCUAAGACAGACCAGGAAGAAGGACCCAAAGGUUUACUUCUGAAAAGAAUUAGCCAGUGAAAACCUUAUGAAUAGUAGCAGAACAUUAUUGUCUGAUACAGUGCUGGAUGGUGAGCCCCUUAGGUUGGAAGGCGCUCAAAAGACAACUGGGGAAGAGCUGCCGCAGAGUAGAGUUGACCUUAAGGACAUGGAGGGAGUCAAGCUUUUGGGACCUUCAUUUGCUGGUGUGACAUGACUCAAAAUGAGAAGAAACAGCUGCAAACAUCUAUUAAUAGCUGGAACAGGGAAUGUAUGAAGUGUGAAUCUAGGAAAAUUGGAAAUCAUCAAAAAUGAGAUGGAAUGCAUAAACAUUGAUAUCCUAGGCAUUAGUGAGCUGAAAUGAACUGGUAUUGGCCAUUUUGAAUCAGACAACAUACAGUCUACUAUGCCAGGAAUGAGAACUUGAAGAGGAAUGGCGUUGUAUUCAUUGUCAAAAAGAACAUUUCAAGAUCUAUCCUGAAGUACAAUGCUGUCAGUGAUAGGAUAAUAUCCAUACAUCUACAAGGAAGACCAGUUAAUAUGACAGUUCAAUUUUACUUACCAACCACUAAGGCCAAAGAUGAAGAAAACGAAAAUUUUUACCAACUUCUGCAGUCUGAAAUUGAUUGAACAUGCAAUCGGGAUGCAUUCAUAAUUCUGGAGAUUCGGAGUGCAAAAGUUGGAAACAAGACGGGUCAGUAGUUGGAAAAUAUGGCCUUGGUGAUAAAAACGAUGCUGGCAUGAUACAAUUUUGCAACACCAAUGACUUCUUCAUUGCAAAUAUCUUUCUUCACCAGCAUAAACAGUAACUGUACACAUGGACCUGGACAGAUGGAAUACACAAGGAUGAAGUCGAUUACAUCAAUAUCAUCAGUCAGAUCAAGGCCAGGGGCUGACUCCCAAACAGACCAUCAAUUGCUCAUAUGCAAGUUCAAGUGGAAAGUAAAGAAAAUUGGAACAAGUCCACGAGAGCCAAAGUAUGACCUUGAGUGUAUCCCAUCUGAAUUUAAAGACCAUUUCAAGAAUGGAUUUGAUGCAUUGAACACUAAUGACUGAAGUCCAGAUGAAUUGUGGAAUGAUAUCAAGGACAUCGUACAUGAAAAGCAAGAGGACAUUAAAAAUACAGGAAGGAGAGAAAAGACCAAAACGGAUGUCAGAAGAGACUCUGAAACUUGCUCUUGAACAUAGAGUAGCUAAAGUGAAAACAAGGAAUCAUGAAGUAAAAGAGCUGAACAGAAGAUUUCAAGGGGUAACUCGAAAAGACAAGGUAAAGUAUUAAAAUUCAUGUGCAAAGACCUAGAGAUAGAAAACCAAAAGGGAAAAACACACUUGGCAUUUUUCAAGCUGAAGGAACUGAAGAAAAAGUUCAACCCUUUUGAGUUGCUAUACUGAAGGAUUCUAUGGGGAAAAUAUUAAACGACGCAGGAAGCAUCAAAAGAAGAUGGAAGGAGUACACAGAGGCAUCAUACCACAAAGAAUUAGUUGACAUUCAACCAUUUAAGGCAGUAGCAUAUGAUCAGGAGCUGAUGUUACUGAAGAAGUCCAAGCUGCACUGAUGACAUUGUCAAAAAACAAGACUCCAAGAAUUGACGGAAUACCAAUUGAGAUGUUUAAACAAAUGGAUGCAGUGCUAGAAGUGCUCACUCAUCUAUGGCAAGAAAUUUGGAAGACAGCUAUCAGGCAACCAACUGGAAGAGAUCCAUAUUUAUGCCUACUCUCAAAAAAGGUGAUCCAACUGAAUGUGGAAAUUAUCAAACAAUAUCAUUAAUAUCACAUGCAAGUAAAAUUUUGCUGAAGAUCAUUCAAAAGUAGCUGCAGCAAUAUAUCAACAGGGAACUGCCAGAAAUUCAAGCUGGAUUCAGAAGAGUAUGUGAAACGAGGGAUAUCAUUGCUGAUGUCAGAUGGAUCCUGGCUGGAAGCAGAGAAUACCAGAAAGAUGUUUAACUGUGUUUCAUUGACUGUGCAAAUCCAUUGGACUGUGUGGAUCAUAACAAAUUACGGAUGACAUGCAAACAAUGGGAAUUCCACAAAACUUAAUUGUGCUCAUGAGGAACCUGUACAGAGAUUGAGGCAAUUGUUCAAACAGAACAAGGGGAUACAGCAUGGUUUAAAGUCAGGAAAGGUGUGUGUCAGGGUAGUAUCCUUUCAUCAUACUUAUUCAAUCUGUAUGCUAGGCAAAUAAUCUGAGAAGCUGGACUAUAUGAAGAAGAAUGGGGCAUCAGAAUUGGAGGAAGACUCAUUCACAACCUGUGAUAUGCAGAUGAUACAACUUUGCUUGCUGAAAGUGAAGAGGACUUGAAGUACUUAUUGAUCAAGAUCAAAGACCACGGCCUUCAGUAUGAAUUAUACCUCAACAUAAAACAAAACUCACCACUGGAGUAAUAAACAGCAUCAUGAUAAACAAAAAAGAUUGAUGUUUUCAAGGAUUUCAUUUUACUUGGAUCCAUGAUCAACAUCCAUGGAAGCAGCAGUCAAGAAAUCAAAAGACACAUUACACUGAGCAAAUCUGCUGCAGAAGACCUCUUUUAAAGUGUCGAAAAGCAAAGAUGUCACCUUGAAGACUAAGGUGCACCUGACCCAAGCCAUGGUGUUUUCAAUUGCCUCAUAUGCAUGGGUAAGCUGGACGAUGAAUAAGGAAAAAGAACCGAUGCCUUUAAAUUGUGGUGUUGGAGAAAAAUAUUGAAUAUGCCAAGGACUGCCAAAAGGACAAACAAAUAUGUCUUGGAAGAAAUACAACCAGAGUCUCCUUAGAAGCCAGGAUGGCAACAAUUCGCCUCCCAUACUUUGGAGAUUUUGUCAGGAGAGGGUUCAUUCUCUGGAGAAGGACAUCAUGCUUGGUCAAGGAUCAUCGAAAAAGAGGAAGACCCUCAACAAGAUGGAUUAACACAGUGGCUGCAGUGAUGGGCUUAAGCCUAACAAUGAUUGUGAGGAUGGUGCAGGACCGGGCACUGUUUCAUUCUGUUGUACAUAGGAGUUGUACAUGUGAGUUGGAACUGAUUUGACAGCACCUAACAACAAGAUAUUUUAUUUAAGGGCAAUCAUAAGAUAUGUCUCCUUUUGUGACUGACUUAUUUCACUCAGCCUAAUGUUUUCAAGUUUUAUCCAUUUUGUAGGAUAUGUUCGAACUUCUCUUUAUGGCUAAAAAAUAUUUCAUGUAGGGGUAUAUCACAUUUCAUUUAUCCAUUCAUCAGUUGAUGGGUAUUGUUUCUAUCUUUUGGCUAUUGUGAAUAAUGCCCCAGUGAACAUUGGCGUACAAGUAUCUAUUUUAGUUCCUGCCUUCAGUUCUUUUGGGUACAUGCCUAGGAGUGGGAUUGCUAGGUUAUAUGGUAAUUUUGUGUUUAACUUUUUAAGGCACCGGGAAGCUUUGUUCCACAGUGACUGCACCGUUUUACUGAUGAUAGCCAUCUAGUGCGGGCGAAAUGAUAAACCUCUUUGUGGUUUUGAUUUGCAUUUCCCUAAUGACUGACUUUGAGUAUCUUUUCAUAUGUUUAUUGUCCGAAUUGACUAGAUGGCAUAUAACAAACUACAUUGGCCAUUUUUGUGUCCUCUUUGGUGGAAUGUCUGUUCACGUUCUUUUGCCCACUUUUUGAUUGGGUUGUUCGACUUUUUGGUGUUGAGUUGUAGGACUUCUUUAUAUAUUCUGAAUACUAAACCCUUAUCCAAUAAAAGUACCCAGUAUUUUCUCCCAUUCUGUAUGUUGUUUCUUCCUUUUUUUUAUUAUUGUAAACUUUUUCACUUUCUUGAUAAAGUCCUUUGAUGCACAAAAUUUUAAAAUUUUGAUGUAGCCCAGUAUUUUUUUUCUUUUGUUGCUCUACUUUUGAUGUCACAUCCUGUAAUUUUUAAAAUUACCUAUGAUCAGCAACCAAGGAACACUAAGCAUUCUAGAAAAGUCUCUAAUACAAAAAGACAGCAAUGAAAAGUUUCUUGAACAGAGACAAUGCAUGGAGGGAAUAUUUAAAAAUCUUUAAUUGUCUCAGAGUGAUGAGAAGACACUGCAAAUAUUAAAUAAGAAUCAGAUGAUUGGGAGCAUUGAAAAGGGAGCAUUCAGAGAACGCAAAAGACUGUUGUUAGUAGGUGCUGUCGAGUCGGUUCCGACUCAUAGCGACCCUAUGCACAACAGAACGAAACACUGCCCGGUCCUGAGCCGUCCUUACAAUCGUUGUUAUGCUUGAGCUCAAUGUUGUAGCCACUGUGUCAGUCCACCUCACUGAGGGUCUUCCUCUUUUCUGCUGACCCUGUAACUGCCAAGCAUGAUGUCCUUCUCCAGGGACUGAUCCCUCCUGACAACAUGUCCAAAGUAAGACGCAGUCUCGCCAUCCUUGCCUCUAAGGAGCAUUCUGGCUGUACUUCUUCUAAGACAGAUUUGUUCGUUCUUUUGGCAGUCCAUGGUAUAUUCAAUGUUCUUCGCCAACACCACAAUUCAAAGGACUGUAGGGUAUUAAAAUGUGGCAGGAGAAAUGAAAAAUUUUAAGAUAAAAUUGAGGAGAACUCUGAGAAAGCAGAGUAAGAUGGAAAAAAAAAUCAAAAAAGAAGUGAAAAGAAAAAUUUUAGCAGUGCUUCUCAAGCUUUUUUGGUCUGCAGACCACUUUACAACCUCAAAUAUUGAGGAACUAUAAGAAAUAUUGUUUACGUGAGGAGUAUAUAAAUUGGCAAGACUUUGGCUCCCUUAUUUUGGACAUGUCUUCAGGAAAGACCAAUUGCUAGAAAGGGACAUCCAGUUUGGUUGUGGAUCAGUGAAUACAAGAUACACCCUCAGUGAGACAGACUGAAACAAUAGCUGCAACAAUGGAUUCCAGUAUAGCAAUAAUCAUGAAGGUGGUACAGGAUCAGGCAGUGUUUCAUUCUGUUAUACUAAGGCCAUGAGUCGGAGCCAACUCGAUGGCAACUAACUACAACACAAGGAUUGACAUUUAAUAAAACUAGUAACUUCACUGCUUCAUCAAGGACAUCCUUAAAUGACUUUUUUCCUUUUGAAUCCCUGGUGGUGAAGAAUACAAUGACAACUAAUACAAGUUGCAGCCAUUGUCUUCAUUUUUCUAAGGCAGCAGUUUUAGACACCAUUGCUUUUCUGACUGAAUCUUUUAUUCACAUUAAACUACCAAGUAUUGAGAAUUAGCAUAAAUACUUUUCCUUUGGAAACAUGCUACUUAAAAUUUUAUGAGCACACAAAUAUAGUCAACUGAUCUUUGACAAGAGCAUAAAGGCAAUUCAGUGGACAAAGGAUAGUCUUUUUAAAAAAUGGUGCUGAAACAACUGGACAUCCACAUGUAAAAAACGAAAUCUAGAUAGAGGGCUUACGUCUUUCACAAAAGCUAACUCAACAUAGACCAUAGACAAAUGUAUGAUGCAAAAUUAUACAACUUCUAGAAGAUAACAUACAAGACAAUCUAAGUGACCUUGAGUUUAAAGAUGUAACAUCAGAAGCAUGGUAGCAGAGAAAUUUCCAGUAAACCUUUUGGUGAGAGUAAGAUGUCUAAAAGCUAAAAUCUUUUGUCUCUAUUACUUUUAGCAGUAAAAUCAGUUUAAAGUUUUUCUGUGCAAAUUGCCUGUCUUUAAGCAUGAAACAGGCUUCUCAGCCAUAUCUUGAAUAGUAAAAAAAAAGAAAAAUUUUUCCUGUGCCAUUUUCUUCUUUUCUCUUCUUUUUCUUAUUUCCAUUCCCUAGCCCAUCUCUGUCUCUAAGUAGUAUUUUACUGUUAGCUCCUCCAAAAGGUUAAGUGUUAACCAGUGUUUUCCCUGGGACCGUGGAAAACAAGUGAUACCGAUUUAAGCGUGUCAAACCAGACCAAGGAUGCCACCCCCUGAGUUGAUGGGAUAAACGCAGGAAAAGAUCAACAUGUUUGAGAUACCACAACCAAAACCAAACAGAAGAAAGAAUGCACAUUCCGCAAGUACUUAAAACUUGUGGCCCCUUUUCCCUUUAAAACUCUAGCUAGCCUGUAGUUCUGGGAGACAGAUGGCUUUAGAAGGAGAUCAUUCCCCUCUGUCUCUAUAUACUGGUAUAUAUAAUAAAGUUCUUGCCACCUACCUCACCCCUGUCUCAAGAAUUGGCUUUUUAGGGCAGGUGGCUCUAACUAGCAAAAUUGAGGUAACAAGCACACUUCUCAGUAGUGUCAAUGGUAUUAACUCAGAAUUUUCACAAGUGUGUCAUUGAGCUUUCUGAGUUGGGUACCAUGGGAAUCAAGGAAAAAUAUAUUUUACCAUUUCUCUGCAAUUAUGUCAGGAAAAGGAAAAAAUAAUGUAAUACUCUCAAAAGAGAAGCCUGUGAAGUUUUGAAAUUCUGUUUUUUUCUAGAUUAUACUAGUACUUUACAUUCCUGCCUAGAUCACUUUAAUUGUCUAGCUGUUUCUCAAUACAGACAGCUCAGACUUCUUGACAAAUGCCUGCCAUUUGUCCUCCUAAUUGCUAGUAACUGAGGAAGUGUUUCUGUCUCACCAUAGAGUCAAAACAGAAAAGAAAUAUCUAAGUAGUGGAAUCUUUACACAGGUGUCUUUUGUGUAAAGUAGGCUGAGAGAUGUUUUCUUUAUGACAAGGAUGUAAUAAAAGUUGUUUUGAAAGGGCCAUGGAAGUAGUUCUGUCUAAGGUUUCUCAUCACCACGCAUCUCUCAGUUUGUCCUACUGUGGUGGCUUGCAUGCUGUGAUGCUUUAUUACUGGCAUUUCAAAUACCACCAGGGUCACCUUUGGUGGACAGGUUUCAAAGCAGCUUCCAGACUAAGACUAGGAAGAAGAACCUGGCAGUCUACUUCUGAAAAAAUUGGCCAGGGAAAACCUUAUGAAUAGAGGUGGAACAGUGUCUGAUAUAGUGCUGGAAAAUGAGCCCCUCGGGUUGGAAGGCACUCAAAUAUGACUGGGGAAUAGCUACCUCCUCAAAGUAAAAACCUUAAUGACAUGAAUGGAGUAAUGUUUUCGGGACUUCUAUUUGCUGAUGUGGCAUGACUCAAAAUGAGAAGAAACAGCUGCAAAUAUCCAUUAUCAGAAUGUGAAAUGUAUGAAGUAUGAAUCUAGGAAAAUUGGAUGUCACCAAAAAUGAAAUGAAAUAAAAAUUGAUAUUCUAGGCAUUAGUGAACUGAAAUGGACUGGUAAAAGACAAAGUAAAAUAUAUAAUGAAAUAUGCAAAGACUGUGAGUUAGAAAACCAUAAGAGAAGAACACGCUUGGCAUUUCUCAAGCUGAAAGAAAUGAAGAAAAAAUUCAAGCCUCAAGUUGCAAUUUUGAAGGAUUCUAUUUUUUUUUUUUAUAGGCAAAAUAUUGAAUGACACAGGAAGCAUCAGAAGCAGUUGGAAGGAAUACACAGAAUCAUUGUGCCAAAAAGAAUUGGUCAAUAUUCAGUCAUUUCAGGGGGUAGCAUAUGAUCUAGAACUGAUGGUAUUGACAGACAAAGUCCAACGUAUACUGGAGGCAUUGGCAAAAAACAAGACUUCAGGAAUUUGAUGGAACACCAACUGAGAUGUUUCAACAAACAGAUGCAGCUCUGCAGGCACUCACACAUCUAUGCCAAGAAAUUUGGAAGAGAGGUACCUGACCAACCAACUGGAAGUUAUUCAUAUUUGUUCCCAUUCCAAAGAAAGGUGAUCCAAUGGAAUGCAGAAACUAUUGAACAAUAUCAUUAAUAUCACACACAAGUAAAAUUUUGCUGAAAAUCAUUCAAAAGCAAUUAGAGGAGUACAUCAAAAGGGAACUGCCAGAAAUUAAAGCUUCUUCAAAAGAGGACAUGGACGACGGAUAUCAUUGCUAAUGUCAGAUGGAUUCUGGCUGAAAGCAGAGAAUAUCAGAAAGAUGUUUACCUCUGUUUCAUUGAUUGUGCAAAGACAUUCUACUAUGUGGAUCAUGACAAAUUAUGGAUAACAUUGCAAAGAAUGGGAAUUCCAGAAUACUUAAUUGUGGAACCUGUACAUAGACCAAGAGGCAGUUGUUCAGUCAGAACAAGGGAUACUUUGCACUUGAAAAUCAGGAAAAAUGUCUGUCAGGGUUGUAUCCUUUUACCAUACUUAAUCAUUAUGUGUACUGAGAAAAUAAUCUGAAAUCUGGGCUAUAUGAAGUAUAUCCUGGUGUCAGGAUUGGUGGAAAACUCAUUUAAACCUACACAACCUUGCUUGCUGAAAGCAAAGAGGACUUGAAGCACUUACUGAUGAAGAUCAAAGACCACAGCCUUCAGUAUGGAUUGCACUUCAACAUAAAGAAAACAAAAAUUGUUACAACUGGACCAAUAAGUAACAUUAUGAUAAAUAGAGAAAAGAUUAAUGCUGUCAAGGAUUUCAUUUUACUUGGAUUCACAAUCAAUGCCUAUGGAAGCAGCAGUCAGGAGAAGAAAAAAAAAUUGCAUUGGACAAAUCUGCAAAAGACCUCUUUAAAGUCUUAAAAAAGGAAAAAUGUCACUCCGAGGACUAAGGUGCACAGGAACCAAGCCAUGAUAUUUUCACUUGCCUCAUAUGCAUGCAAAACCUGGAAAAUGAAUAAGGGAGACUGAGGAAUAAUUGAUGCCUUCGAUUUGUGGUGAUGGCGAAGAAUAUUGAACACACCAUGUAUUGUCAGAAAAACCAAGUCUGCCUUGGAAAAAAUACAGCCAGAGUGCUUCUUAGAAGCGAGGAUUGUGAGAUUUCUUCUCACAUAAUUUGGAUGUGUUGUCAAGGGGGACCAGCCCCUGGAGAAGGACAUCAUGCUUGUAAAGUGGAAGAUUAGCAAAAAAGAGGAAGACACCUCACAAGAUGCUUCACAGGUUUUGCUUCUCUGGAGAACUCAGCCUAAGACGUUUGGUAAAGAGAGUGGUUCUAGAGAACCAAAUUGUAAGGAUGAGUUUUCUCAACUGGUUCUGAAUUCUGUUUAGUCAUAAAGAUGUUGGUGACUCUGCUUCUAGUAGUAAAAAGGGUGCUGCUAAUCCAUGGCCGGAGGUGGCAAUAGAAAUACACAAAAUAUCACCAAUAGAUCAAGUAGUGGUGAGAGGUGUGGCUCUCCUGGUACCUGUUAUACAGCUAUUGAUCUACCCAUUGCCUUUGUCACAAUUCCUGUUUUGAAGGAACACCAGAAGCAGUUUGCCUUCAGCUGGCAAGGCCAGUGAUACCCUUUCACUGUCCUACCUCAGAGGUAUAUGAACUCUCCAGCCCUAUGUCGUAAUUUAGUUCACGGAGACCUUGAUCACCUCUCCCUUUCACAAGACAUCACACUGGUCCAUUACAUUGAUGACAUUAUGUUGAUUGGCCCUGGUAAUGAAGAAGUGUCAAUGGCUAUGGACUUAUUGGUAAAACAUUUGCAUGCUAGAGGGUGGGAAAUUAAUCCAACAAAAAUUCAGGCAUCUUCCACCUCAGUGAAAUUUCUAGAGGUCCAGCGGUAUGUUGAGAUAUUCCUUCUAAAGUGAAGGACAAGUUAUUGCAUCUGGCCCCUCCCACAGCUAAAAAAAGAGGCAUGAUGCCUGGCAGGCCUCUUUGGAUUUUGGAGGCAACAUAUCCUUCAUUUGUGAUUGCUAUGAGGAGCCCUGGUGGUGCAGUGGUUAAAGUAGUCAGCUGCUAACCAAAAGGUUGGCAGUUGAAACCCACCAGGCGCUCUGUGGGAGAAAAAUGUGACAGUCUAUUUUCAUAAAGAUUUACAGCCAUAGAAACCUUAUAGGGUCACUAUGAGUCAAAACAGACUCAAUGGCAGUGGGCUUGGGGUGUUCUACUCUGGCAUAUUUAUCAAGUGGCUCAAAAAGCUACUAGUUUUUUGUGGGGCCCAGAACAACAGAAGGUUCUGCAGUGGGUUCAGGCUGCCAUUCAUUCUGCUCUGCCACUUGGGCCAUAUGAUACAGUCGAUCCAAUGGUGCUUGAAGUGUCAGUAGCUGAUACAAAUCCUGUUUGGGGUCCUUGGCAGGCCCCUAUUUGUGAAUCACAGUGCAGACCUCUAGGAUUUUGGAGCAAAGGCCUGUCAUCCUCUGCAGAUAACUACUCGCCUUUUGAGAAAAAGCCUUUGGCUUGUCAGGGGCCUUGGUAGAGACCGAAGACUUAAUCAUGGGCAACCAAGUCAGCAUGUGGCCUGAGCUGCCCGUCAUGAACUGGGUGUUGCUCACCCACAGAGCCAUAAAGCUGAGCACGUACAGCAGCACUCCAUCACUAAAUGUAAGUGAUAUAUAUGAGAUCUGGCCUGAGGAGGACCUGAAGGCACAAGUAAGUUGCAUGAGGAAUGACCCAAAUGCCCAUGGUCUUCACUUCUUUCACAUUAUUUCCAUCGCCCAGUCUGCACCUAUGGCCUCAUGGGGAAUUCCUUAUGAUCAGCUGACUGAGAAAGAGAAAACUCAUGCAUGAUUUACAGAUCGUACUGUGCAAUAUGCAUGAACCACUCAAAAGUUGAGAGCGGCAGCACUACAACCCCAUUCUGGGACCUUCUUGAAGGACAGUGGUGAAGUAAAAUCCUCCCAAUGGGCAUAACACCUGGUUGUUCACUCUGCUUGGAAGGAGAAAUGACCAGAUGUGGAACUGUGUGCUGAUUCACGGGCUGUGGCCAAUGGUUUGGCCGGAUGGUCAGAGACUUGGAAGGAAUAUGAUUUGAAAGAAAGUGAGGUAUGCGGAAAAGGUAUGUAGAUAGACCUCUCUGAACGGGCCAAAGAUGAGAAUAUAGUUUUGUCUCAUAUAAAUGCUCACUAAAAGGUGACCUCAUCAGAGGAGGAUUUUAACAAUCAAGUUGAUAGGAUGACACGUUUUGUGAAAACCAAUCAUCCCCUUUCACUAGUCACUGCCAUUGUUGCCCAUUGGGCCCUUGAACAAAGUGACCAUGGUGGCAGGGAUAGGGGUUAUGCAUAGGCUAAACAACAUGGACUUCUACUCACCAAGGCCAACUUGGCUACAGCUACUGCUGAGUGCCCAAUCUGCCAGCACCAGAGACCAACAUUGAGUCCUGGAUAUGGCACCAUCCCUCAAGGUGAUCAGCCAACAACCUGGUAGCAAGUUGAUUACAUUGAACCACUUUUAUCAUGGAAGGGGCAGCGUUUUAUUCUUACUGGGUAGACAUUUACUCUGGAUAUGGAUUUGCCUUCCCUGCAAGAAAUGCUUCUGCCAACAGUACUAUCCGUGGACUUGCAGAAUACCUUAUCAACACCAUGUUAUCCCACACAGCAUUGCCUUGGAUCAAAGGACUCACUUCACAGAAAAUGAAGUGUGGCAGUAGGCCCAUGCUCAUGGAAUUCACUGAUCUUUCCAUUUUUCCCAUCAUCCUGAAGCAGCUAGCUUGAUAAAAAAAAAAAAAUAGAACAAUCAAAUGACCUUCUAAAGACACAAUUACAGUGCCAGCUAGGUGGCAAUAUCUUGCAAGAUUGGGUCAGCAUUCUUCAGGAGGCUGUAUAUGCUCUAAACCUGCAUCCAAUAUAUGGUGCUGUUUCUGCCAUAACUAGGAUUCAUGGGUCCAGGAAUCGAGGGGUAGAAACAGGAGUGGUAUCACUCACUAUUAUCCCUAGUGACCCACUGGCAAAAUUUUUGAUUCCUGUCUCCACAUAUGCUCUGCAGGUCUAGAGGUCUUAGUUCCAAAGGGUAGAAUGCUCCCACCUGGAGACACAUCAUGAUUCCAUUGAACUGGAAGUUAAGAAUGUCACCAGGUCACUUUGGGCUCCUAUGCCUCUGGAUCAACAGGCAAAGAGAUUGAUCCUGAUUACCAAGAGAAAAUCCGAUUGAUAUUACAUAUUGGAGGUAAAGACGAGUAUGUCUGGAAUGCAGGAGAUCCCUUAGGGCAUCUCUUGGUACUAACCAUGCCCUGUGAUUAAAGUCAAUGGAAAACUACAGCAACUCAAUUCCGACGUGACUACUAAUGGCCCAGACCCUUCAUGAAUGAAGAUUUGGGUCACCCCAUGAAGCAAAGAACCACAACCAUUUGAAGUGCUUUCUGAAAGUAAAGGGAAAAUGGAAUAGGUGGUAGAAAAAGGUAAUUUUAAAUACCAGCUAUGACUAUGUGACUGGUUGCAGAAAUGAGGAUCAUAAUAGUUACAGGUAUUUCUUGUAUGUGUGCAUCAAAUAUUUUUGUUUUCUUUACUUAUAAAAUAUAAGCUGUAAACAGGGCUAGUGUAUUUUCGGUUGUAUGCAUGUUAGUUGUAUCAAAUUAGGUGCAAGUAUGACUUUGUAAUUGUAUUCAGAGAUUAUGUAUGGUUUAGGAAGAUAUGUACAGGUGCUGAAUAGCUGUUGCAGAGGAAAAAUCCACUCAGUCCUUGAAAUAAACUUGUUUUUGUUUUCAUU